GCCAACACUGGACAAAUCGGUGACCUCCAGGAGCAACACAGAGUCAUCAGCAGCAACCUUGCCCUCGUUCAGGUGCAGGCCACCGUCGUGGGGCUGCUGGCUGCUGUGGCCACGCUGCUGCUGGGGGCUGCGUCCAGGGAGGAGCUGGACUUGGCCAAGGUGGAGCUGCUGUGCGCCAGCAGCAUGCUGACCGCCUUCCUCUCGGCCUUCGCCCUGGGUGUUCUGAUGCCCCUGGUCUGCAUCGGCCUCCUGGCUCUGACCCCCCUGUGGCUGCUCGUCGCCAAGCAGAGCCCGCCUGUCGUGAAGAUCCUGAAGUUCGGCUGGGUCCCCAUCGUCCUCGCGAUGGUCGUCAGCAGUUUUGGAGGGCUCAUCUUGAGCAAAACCAUUUCUAAACAGCAGUACAAAGGCAUGGCCAUAUUUGCUCCCAUCAUAUGUGUUUUGCGCCAGGUGACAAUCCUGCUGUACCUGGCGGAAGUGAUGGUCCGGCUGGCUUGGCACCAUUCCCUGGACCCUGACAACCACUGCAUCCCCUACCUCACGGGGCUGGGGGACCUGCUGGGGACCGGCCUCCUCGCCCUCUGCUUCCUCGCCGACCGGCUGCUGUGGAGCACGUUCGAGCUGGACCGCGUCCCAGAACCGGCACCCGGACCUCCCUGACUGGGCUCCGCCGGCCCCAGCGGCUCCGUGGAAUCUUCGCCCACGACAACGGGGCACGGAAUGCAGUUGCUCCCUCGCCAGAUGCUUGUCGCGGUCGAGCCCUCGCUUCUGCAGUCGCCUUUUGUCCUUGCGCUAAGCAGACGCGCGCACACCGCGACGCCGCGGUCGGUGCCUGGGCCCGAGACGGAGCCCUGGAAUCGGUCGUGUGGCCUGUGAGUGUGCAAGCGUGCGCGUGCGUGUGCGUGUGCAGAGCGGGUGUCUGGCCUGAGGAGCCAGGGAAGAGGGGCGUCCGUGUGCCCUGCAGCGUGUCCGCUCCUUCCCGUGCCGCGCAGCCCGUGCUGGGGGGGCAGGAAGGAGCCGCUUCUCGUCCUCGAGCCUCGGGACUCGCGGGCUGUGGCUUAACGGCCGUCUUCAUCGGUCCGAGGUCUGUGGGCCCCUCUGCGGCUGCGCCCUGAGAACGGGAGCAGCCUGCCCAGGACGGGGCCUCGCACACCCCUCCCUCUGCUCCUAGCGCUUAAUCUUGCCACUGCCUUGAUUGUAGUUUCCUCUUUCUCUGUUAGCAGGCACCUUUGUU